CGAUGCACUUGACACACACACACACACACACACACGCAUACAGAUACAGCGCAAAAAAGGUCUGGCUCCCUGUCAGCCUCUCAGACACUCAGUCUCUCGCCAACCACAGGGGGAGGAGUUGCUGCCUCUCCGCUCUGACUGCAAGCAGUCUGUGUUUGCAUCAAGAAAGGGAGAAGGAGACAGAAUCUUACCCUUGUGCUCUGCGAGAUUAACUGAGUAGGACUGGUAUUGGUGCAUGCAGCCAGCCAGCGAGCCAGACAGACAGCCAGCCACCUAAACCUAUACACACACACACACGCACACACACGGGGCAAGGUUGCAGCCAUGAGGAAGGACGUGGAGGCGCUGCGCAAGAAGGUUGAGGCGGGCGGGGUGACCUUCCAAUACCUACACUUGGACUCCCGCACCCUGGCCAGGUACCUCAAGGCGCACGGUACAGUGGACGACGCAUACCAGAAGAUGGUGGCGACGGAAGAGUGGCGGAAGGAUUUCAAGGUGGCCAGCAUCUCCGCCACCACGCCCGGAGUCCGCCGUAUGAGUGCCUCCAACUUGGCUCAGGUGGUGGACGGGCGUGACAAGCUGGGGCGCCCCGUGGUGGUGGUCACAGCGAGGAACCACAGUCUGUUCGGGCGUGACAUGAAUGAUAUGACUCAAUAUAUUAUUCAUGUGUUGGAGCUAAUAUGUUCGAGAUGCGGGAACGAGGGUGAAGAUGACACACCUGACAACAUGUGCCUGGUGUUUGAGAUGCUCGGGUUCGGCCUGUCUUGCAUGGACUACCCAGCGCUGCGCAAACUCUACACGUUAAUGACAGACCAUUAUCCGGAAAGACUCGGAGUUUGUCUUAUAUUAAAUGCACCUCUCAUCUUUUCCGGCUGUUGGCCCAUCAUUCGCUCCUGGUUGGACGAGAACACGGCCUCCAAGAUCAAGUUUGUCAAGACAGACUCAAUAAAGGAAUACUUAGACACGUCCAUACUGCCUCAUGGACAUGUAACGCACACACACACACACACACACACACACACACACACACACACACACACACACACACACACACACACACACACACACAAACGUACAUCUUUUGUCAUUUUAAUAUGUUUUUUUUUCUUUUUUUUUUCUUUUCGUUUUUUUUUUCGUUCUAUUUUUGGCGAUUAAGAGUUUGCAUUUCUCUCUCUCUCUCUC